AUGGCGCAAACGAUGGACAGCAUUGUCGAAACUCUGGACAUGCCAUUGAUCAUCCCUCUCGCCCCUGAAGGCGACGAUAGCGCAACGAACCUUGAGACAUUCCCCACUGCUCCUGCUCCUGCCUGCUUCCAGGUUCCCGACGUGGAAGAACUCUCGAUCGACCAAGUCCACGUCAACUACCUGCGCCGUGCGUACACGAGUCGGUCUCUGGUCGAGGGCUUCCUGACGCGGAUCCGGGCCCUCGAUCAGGACGGACCCAAGCUGAACAGCAUCGUCACCGUGUCGCCCACGGUGCUGCGGGAAGCAGAAGAGCUCGACGCUGUGUUUGCGAAGACGUCUCGCUUCGUCGGUCCCCUUCACGGCAUCCCCGUGGUCGUCAAGGACCAAUUCGACACGGCCGGGUUGCGCACGAGCUAUGGAUCUGUGACGGCGUCGGACAAUGUCCCGGACCGGGAUGCAGAGGUGGUCAGAAGACUGAAGGAAGCAGGUGCCCUCAUUCUGGCCAAAACCACCAUGCCCGACUGGGCGACAUCCUUCUAUUCCACUUCCUCGGUUUCUGGGAUCACCCGCAACCCGUACGAUCUGUCAAGAGAUACCGGAGGCUCGAGCAGCGGCACCGCAGCCGCCGUGGCAGCCAGUCUGGCCGUUGUGGGCGUUGGGGGCGACACGGCCGGGUCGAUCAGACUGCCGUGCUCGUGGUGCAGCUUGGUCGGGUUGAAAUGCACGCCGGGCCUGGUCGACUGUUCUGGAGCCUCCCCUCUGAUCGGGGCGUUUGACUCGGCCGGGCCCAUGGCACGAUCGGUCAAGGACGCGGCCAUCAUGCUGGACGUCAUUUCCGAGCAGAGAGCACCGCUUGCUCAAGGCUACGCGAGCCACCUCGACGCACAGCGCUUGCGGCAUGCACGGUUAGGGGUCUUGACGUCGGCCUUUGGCGACGACGCCGAUCCGCCCAGUCGCGACGUGAACCGGGUCCUCUGGACCGCGCUCGACAAGGUCCAACAAGCAGGCUGUACGUUGGUGCCCGUCAAUCUCCCCACACUCAACGACAAGCUCAACCUCACGCCGGGGCUGUACGAGACGUCCCGCGCGGCGCUCGACGGCUUCAUGGCCCAGAGACCCGCGCUUCGAGGGAUGACCUGUUCGAAGCUGGUCUCGGAUCAUCUCUUCCAUCCCGCGUGCGACCUGAUCCGAACCAUCGCCUCCAUUUCCCCCGCUGGCAGCCAGAUUCUCCCGGAGGAAGGGGGCCCAACCCCCACGCCCGCGCACGAUCUCGGACCCCUACAACAGGUCCUUCUCGAGGCCAUGGAGCGCGAAUCGCUGGCGGCGCUGGUCUACCCGGUGGCACAGAUCCCCGCGGUCAAGCACGCACAGGCGCUGGCCGGGUCUUUGGAGACCUUCGUCCUGCCGACCAACACCUUUCUCGCGGCGCAGGCGUCAUUGCCGGCCAUCACAGUUCCAGCGGGCAGCACAAGGACGACGUCGUCGUCGGGCGAGGGCGAAGGAGGGUUGCCUGUCGGGAUCGAGAUGCUUGGCCGCCAGUUCUCCGAGCAGGUGUUGCUGGACCUGGCGUAUGGGUUUGAAUGCGUGGUCAAGGGUCGGACGACGCCGAAGUUCAUCGGGUCAUGA